CCCUAGCACCAAUGUUCGCAAUUUUCGGGAAUUGCAUCCCAUCGUGCCCAUCCGCGUCCCGUUGCACCUCUACCACAUUCAUUUCACUAGCGCCGACGGAGGCGCAGCAAAAACUAUGAAGUCGUCUCCUCUCGCUUGCUUUUUCACUCUGAUUUUGUCGCCCCGAUCCAGCACCGGCGCAGCUUCCUCUUCGGGUUCCGGUACAACGCCAGCGCCGCCACACCAGCCCCGCCACACGACCCCGGCUACGGUGAACCACCAGAGAAACAGCACGGCCGGUGGCAGCUCGUCGUCAAACCAUCGGCAGCCCGUGCUACCUCCGUUAGAAGAGUCAAGCUCCAGCUUGCUGCAGGUCAGCGGCUGCACGGGCGACGAUGGAGACCUGGACGGGCAAUUUCCCGGCCGACGCUCCAUUCUGCAAAACGACGGGGAAUCCCGACAACCGGGGCGGGGGGGCUCCGCAGGGAGAAGGUCGUUCGGUCUAUCCGGAGCGGAGAACAACUACGAAGAUGACAGCGAAGAUGACGAGCGGGACUUCACGUCCGGCGAGAAUAGGACAGCAGGUAAUCCAAAUGUCAUGACGUACGGCGGUGCACCCUCCCCAGUGCAGCCCAACCGAGGCACGACCGCAGAGCCGAAGAAGUGCAAGAAGAGGCCAGUUGUUCCCGUCGAUCGCCUUUACCUCGCACCGGACGACGUUUUUACCCCAGUAACGCCCGGCACCAACCUUCGGGCAAAUACCAAGCCGGGCUCCGGCCCAAACUCCCCUCCGAACACAACAACCGACCAGCAGGGCACCACGUCGCCGAAGGCGAAGGCCGUUCCCUACGUGACCGACCCCUAUACGGACGAUCCCCGUGGACCGUGGGCCCGGGCGAUGAACAAUAAGACCCCGGGCGUUUCUAAUUUUCACCGGCACCGCGGCAUUCCGGCGCCGAAGCUCGGGCCCUUCGGCCUGGCGCCCGGGCAGCAGGCACAGGUGGACAUUUUGAACAACUACAAUAACCCAAAUCACCUCCAGCCCAGCACGCGCAGACCGGGAAGUCCGAGGCGGGAUGGCUCAAAGCAGUCGCACGUCGGCGACAUGACGCCAUUUACG